AUGCCUGAUAGGCUUGGUCGAUCGUGUAUAUUUUGCGAACGAAAUCAGCGAAGUUCUCUAGCGAACUACGGAGCUUGUAUUCAGUGUGCUUGGAAAAAUUGCCGUUUACACUUUCACGUUUCUUGUGCUGGUGCAGAAGGUUUACUUAGUGAAUUACCCGCUGGUGAAGCAAAUGCAUCUUUAUCAAUUGCUGAAAUAUUAUUUGGAACAAUUGAUAAAAAUAACACUUUAAGUGAUUUUACCGAAAUAUCUAAAGAUAUAAAUCAAAGUUGUGAAAAAGAAUCUCAUAAAUAUCAAUUGAAUGGUUUUUGUUGUUCACAGCAUAUGAAGAAAUUUAUGUCUGAAACUUCUAAUUCGACCUCAGUUCCUGGUAUUGCUCACGGAAACUCUGAUAUUAACAAAAGCCAUAAAUCUCCUACAAGUGAAUCGUCUUGUGAAGUAAAUAUCCAACCUCCUAGACGUCGAUCUUCUCAGUCACGUCUUUCUCAACGAUCACUUAAUUCAGAUUCAAAUAGAACAGAUGAAAGCAGUAAUUCUCACGAUGAUUUUAAAAGUGAUGGGAAGGCUACGACGUUGGAAUGUAAAAGCGAAUUUAAUAAUCAUCAAAAUUCUUAUACAAUACAAAAAGAUCAUUUAUCUAAUGAGUCUCAUUCUUCAGAAUUUACAACAACCGAUUGUUCAAAUGCUAAACGAAUCAAAAUGGAUGCAAAUUUGAAUAAAGAUGAAAUUAGUGAAGCUAUCAAUACAGAACGAGUUCUUACAUCUCCAUCAUCAUCGUCAUCCUCAUCAUCAUUAUCAUCAUCAACAACAACAAUAACAGCAAUCACAACAAAUAAUAAUAACAAUAGCUCAACUGUAACUAGUACAAUUACAUUAUCUCAAAAUUCCACUAUCCCUGUUAUCGCUACUCAGGAAAAUUUACCUUUAAUACUUCCACGUCGUCCUUUAUCAUUACGUGGUUUAGGCAUCACUUGUAAUUCAAAAAAUAGUUCCAUUUUAAAUAAUAUCGCUGGAAUGUAUGUUGAUUCACCUUCAUCGGUACAGCCUACAAAUAAAAUUACAGUCUCAACAAAAUCUGAUCAUUCAAUUCUACCGCCACCGCCACCACCACCGCCUACAUUGGCUACAAUGCAUGAUUUAUUAGAAUGGCAAUGGGAUCAAGCUGGAGCUUUAUUAAUGCAACAAGCUAAAAAUACAGAUGUUGUCACCUUAUUAGAUUGUUUACAUCAAUUAAAAUGUGAAAAUGAUAUACUCGAAGCGAAAUUAAUUCGUCUAACAACAAGACAUGAACAUUUGAAAUCUGUCAAUGCUCGACUGUCGGAUUCACUGGCUACAAUGGAAUCAACCAUGGUGAUUAAUUCACCGAAACAUGAAAUACCUGAACAAAAUUCUACUAAAAUUACUCCGAAUCUUACAAAAAAACUAUCAACUAAUCAUCAUUGUGCCUAUCCUUUAGAUACAAUUACAUCGAAUAAUACAAUCACUACACAAAAUUCACAUUUAUCUACAAUUCUACAUUCGAUUGAUCAAGAAUCGCAUCAACUUCAAUUAUCGGAUAAUACUACUAAAAGUCAUUCACAACAAUCUAUGCCUUUGUACAACAAUAAUAGUAAUAAUAAUCAUAAUAAUCCAUCAGUUGCAAAAUAUUCAACUAUUGAAAAUAAAAAAAUUCCAAUUCUAUCAAAAGAUAUUACUAAUAAUAAUAACACUACUACUACUGCUGGUAGUACAAUUUGUUCAAAUUUGAAUUCUAUCGAUAAAAAUUGUUUGAAUCAUCAUCAUACUACUCAACCAGUAAUAAGUAGUGCUAGUAGUAGUAGUAGUACGUCAUUAGAUUGUUUAAAAUUAUCAAAUGAAACAAUGCACACAACAAAUUUUUCCAAUUUAAUAAAACAUCAAACGAAUACAUUUAUAAAUGAUUCUUUAACUAUACAUACUAAUAAUCAGAUUAAAACAACUCUUGAUUAUUUAUCCAAUUCAUGUUCUUCUGCUUCGUCGCUACCAUCAACUAAUUCUACAUAUUUUACUAAAGGUGUUGAUCUUAAUGAUUUGCAAGAACUAAGCGCUCGUUUAAGUUCAGCUAUAGCUGCUCGACAACCUCAAUCAAAUAGAACUAUCAAUUCAACUAUGUCAUCAUGUCCUCCGCCUAUAUUGUCUAAACAUUCUGGUCAUCAUAAUAAAAGAAAUAAUAAAACACUAAACUCUAAUCAAUCAUCAUCUUCAAGUAAAUUACCUAUACCUCCAUUAACUACUACUACUACUACUACUACCAGUUCAUCAUUGAUUAAUGGCAUUGCAAAAUUGGACACAUUAACUAGUUAUCAAAAUUUUUGUUCUACCACUAUGAUAAAUAAUCUACAAUCUGUAACAUUAACUAAUAAUGUAAUUGCAACAACAACAACAACGAUAACAUCAGCAGCAGCAGCAGCAUCAUUAGGAUUGUCAUCAUCCGUAGCAGCAUCAGCAGCAUAUUCCAAUGAUCAUCAAUCUGUUAUGACACAAUCACAAAAUAAUAAUCCGUUAUCAUUUAUGAUAUUUGCACCACCAACAAUUUCUGAUCUACCAUCAUCGAAUCAUACUACUCUUGCAUCUUCUUCAACAAAUCCAACAAUAAUUACAACGAAUAAACUUAUUUCAAAUGAAUUAACUCAUUUCGACACAUCAUCAUCAAUGAUUGUCACAACCAAUUCUAAUUCAAUCGGUUUAUCUAAAUGA